GUCACCUCACCACUGCCUUUCUUCCGCCAAAAACGUCGAACGCGAAAAAAGUGUCCUUUUUUAAAAAGAAAUUCAAAAGGAAGCAGUACAGUACAGAAGAACACUGUCGUCUAUAAAGUUGAAGAACCCAGUUCUGAUGGAAUGGAAUCUGUGUGAGAGAGAUCAAUUCGGGAAUUCCUACUACGAAAUCGAAACGAUGAGCGGUUCCCGGCCUGAUAUCACUCUUCCCGACAAGGCAGAGGCCUUGUUAGGGCAAAUCUACUUCAAACACAAGCUUCCUCCGAUCAAUCCGGACACGAGGCUGAGGCUCUCGUCGAUUCCUGAGGAAUUAGCUCUUGAGACACUCAGGAAAGUGUAUAAUUCUAAGGUCAAGUAUACCCUCGAUGGGUACAUCAAUUUUCUGCUUUCCAAUUCCACCGGCUUCGGAUCGCCGCUGCCGAGCCCCGGCGGUUCUCCGGCGAAGACUCCGAACUCAUCCGGCAAAAUUGGUUGCAGGGCUUUUCAAGCAGAAAUAGCACAUGAUUCUGAAACCCGGCAUCUGAAGAACUCGAGGAGAGAAGAUGAUGGAGCGUCUCUGUUCAGUUCCCAGCAGUUGGCUUUGGGUGAACUCGAAUUUAAGAAGGCCUUUCUCAUGCUGAACUAUAUUGCAGAUAAACGUCUGGAGGAGGUUAUAACUGCUGAUGAAAUCAGGAGGAUGAAGGACUUGCCAAUGGUUGAAUAUGAGUCAGGAAUUUGGAACCGGUUGGGCCUACAUUUCUGUCGCAGAGAGGACCGUAGAAUGUUGCUUGAAUGGGAUUGUGGGAAGCCUCACUACUAUCAGUGCUAUGUUGCUUCAGAUGGUACUUGUAGAUUCAAGGGUCCUUUUCUAGAGAACACUACAACACACUUGCACAAGGUUUUGGGUGAUGAGAAUGUUCUAAUGGUGAAAUUUGAGGACGUUGCAUGCCGGAGAGAUUUGCCGAUAAACAGUAGUGACUCUUAUUCUACAUACAAACACAUUGCGACCAAUGGAAUAAUGAUCGGUUUACGCCGCUAUCAAUUUUUUGUGUUUAAAGAUGGGGGCAAAGAAGAGAAGAAGAAAGAUCCGUCUACAAAGGGAGUUAAAUGUUAUUUUGUAUGCACAGAUUCUAGAGCAUUUAAUGACCGGGGAAAAGAUUAUAAUUUUUCCAGGAAAUCAGUCCAUGAGGUUCGAAUGCAUUUUAUGCAUGUGCAUAAUUUGCAAACGUUAGCCAACUAUAUGGCAAGGUUUUCUUUAAUUCUGUCAAAGACAAAGAAGCUUGAAGUUGACCUGACUGACAUUAACUUCGACAGAAUUGAUGACAUAAACUGCCAUGUAUUUCUAUAUACCGUAGUUCAUCAACAAUUAUCCUUUCUAUUUGUCUUUUAUGUUAACCAUUAUUUGUUCACUGAUCCUGAUCUCCCGCUUCAACCUUUUCUUCUCCAACAUCAAAUGCAGGAUCAAGAUGGUAAUGUUGUUUUUGAUAAGAAUGGGAAACCUUUUAUACAUUCAGAUGGAACUGGCUACAUCUCUGAAGACCUUGCUCGGAAAUGUCCUAUGAACAUAUAUAAAGGGCAAUGUACCAGAGGCAAACAUGUUCAGGGGAAUGUAUCAGAAUUUGAAGCACAGGAAGGCUGUAGUCAAGAGCCACCUCUGCUGAUUCAGUUCCGGCUGUUUUACAAUGGUUGUGCUGUCAAGGGAACAUUUCUGAUGAACAAAAAACUUCCUCCUAGGACCAUCCAGGUUCGACCUUCUAUGAUAAAGGUGGACACAGAUCCACACCUGUCAAAUUUUAGCAGCAUUAACUCUCUCGAGGUAGUUAGUACAAGUAACCCACCCAAAAGAACAAAACUAUCUCGAAAUUUAAUUGCACUUCUUAGCUAUGGAGAAGUUCCAAAUGACUUCUUCUUGGAUAUUUUGCUCAACACUUUGGAAGAGUCAAAAACCAUAUUCUAUGAUACUCGGGCAGCUCUUAAAGUUGCCUUAAACUAUGCUGACAUGGAUGAUUACAAUGCUGUGGAUAUGAUCACGGCUGGUAUUCCCCUUGAAGAACCAUUCUUGAAGCAUCACCUUUCUAUACUAUUAAAGACAGAGAGGAAAGAUCUCAAAGCUGGAAAGCUUCCUGUCGCUGAAUCUUACUAUCUGAUGGGAACGGUUGAUCCCACUGGAAUGUUGGAGAAAGAUGAAGUCUGUGUCAUCCUUGAGACUGGUCAAAUUUCGGGAGAUGUGUUAGUUUACAGGAAUCCUGGGUUGCAUUUCGGAGACAUACACAUUCUGAAGGCCACAUAUGUAAAGUCCUUGGAAGACUUUGUCGGAAAUUCUAAGUACGGUGUAUUUUUCCCUCAGAAAGGUCCAAGAUCUUUGGGGGAUGAGAUUGCAGGCGGUGAUUUCGAUGGUGAUAUGUAUUUCGUAUCCAGAAAUCCUGAGUUGCUCAAAUAUUUCAAGGCAAGCAAACCAUGGGUGAGUUUGUCUUCAACAAGUAAAAGCAUUUCUGGUAGAAGGCCAAGUGACCUUUCCUCACAAGAGUUGGAAGAUGAGCUCUUUAAUAUGUUCUUGGCGACUAGGUUUCGCUCCUUCAAUGUCAUAGGGAUGGCUGCAGAUAGCUGGCUUGCGAUCAUGGAUCGCUUGCUCAUUCUAGGAGAUGACAGAGCUGGUGAAAAAGUCGAAAUGAAGAAAACAAUGCAUCAGUUGAUCGAUAUAUACUACGAUGCUCUAGAUGCACCUAAAAAGGGGGCUAAGGUUGAUCUCCCAAAUGAAUUGAGGGCCGAUAUGUUUCCCCAUUACAUGGAGCGUGACCCAGAGAAAUCUUUCAGAUCCACCUCUGUUCUUGGAUUAAUCUAUGACUUUGUUAAAUCUCACAAGACGGAGGAAAUCUCGCCAUCUGAAAUCAAGAAACUCCCAUGUUUUGAAGCAGAACAGGUGCCUGAGUCUCUCACGGAGAGAUUGAAAAAUUGGUAUGAGAACUACAGAGCUGAGAUGAGCCGGGCCUUGGAUUUGAAAAUCGCGAGUGACAGGAAUGGAGCAGCCGAUGAAAUUAUCAGGAGAUACAAACAGGAGUUCUAUGGUUCGGCUGGGUUUGAAGACUGGGAGAAACAUCGCGAAGAACUCUACCCGCGUGCUAUUGCGAUCUACAAUUUGGUUUAUGACCACGCCAUCAGAACACAAAGGGUGGCAAAUUGUGGGUUCGCUUGGAAAGUUGCAGGUCCGGUACUGUCUCGGUUUUACUCCGAAAGAACUCCCGGAAAGACUGUUUUGUGUUCAGUCGCAGUCCUAAGAGAUAUAUUGGGUAAUAGACGGAUUUGAGUUGUAUAUGUUGUUCUCUACUCCGAUGUGUCAGCUGGCCAAUAAGCUCGAGCUUUCGCGCAUCAGAAUCAUCUUUCGUCGAAAUGGUUUAACGUUGUAUAUGUAUUAUGAAAUGUCGUGUGUGGUGAUGUAGCUUUCUAUGUAUACAAUUUUCUUUAUGAUGAAAUUUAUUGGUUUUCUUAAA